AAGGAACAAACUUUGCCUGUACUCUCCACCAUGAAUCAAUGUCACCUUCUGCUUACGUGCUCAGGACUUCGAGACCAAAAAUAUCUGCAUCGCGCAGACUGUUUUUGAAGACCAAAAUGAUCAAGAAGGCCAUGGUGAUGCUGGAGAAUGACAAGCAAGUGAGACAAGACGAACGGGAAAGAAUUCUGACCGAGAGAGUUCCAGAACUCCAGAUGUCAAGCUUGUCUACACAGGAGCUGCAAACUCUUUGCAAAGAGCUUCACCAGAAGAUUGACGCUGUCGAUGAGGAUCGUUAUGACAUUGCUUUAAAGGUGGCCAAAAAUGAUAUUGAGUUGCGAGACCUGUCUCAGAAGAUCUACGAGUUGAAGGGCAAGAUGAAGAGGCCGAACCUGAAGAGGGUGAGGGUGUCUGCAGACGCUAUGUUGGGAGCGCUGCUGGGCUCCAAAGUCAAAGAGUCUGUGGACUUCAAGGCCAACCUCAAGACUGUGAAGAAAGAGGAGGAGAAGAAAGAGGAAGUGACAGACUGGCGCAAGAACGUGGAUGCCAUGUCGGGAAUGGAGGGCAGAAUGAAGCUGUUCAAUGCUGGCCAGUAGACGACAGGCUUGUCGUCUUUGCAAAGACAUUUGCCACUUGAAUGACUGUUGCUCACUUCUCAAAGAACAUUUUUAGUAAUGUUGCUUAUCUGUGGAGGGAAAUCUUAAAAACGGCAUAUGUGUGAUCAUUCUCAGGAGGAAGAAUAGCAUAGCCAUAUAAGGGUAACAUCUGAAUCUUAAGUUUUCCUUUCAACAGUAAGCAAUAGCAGUGAGUACAGAACAUCAUGCUAUGUAUAAACAUGUGCUUUAUGCAAAAUCUGAGUCGAGUCCGGAUGAUGCAUUCAUAAAAAGGUGAAUAU